AUGUCGGAGCGGCUCUCCCGUCCGUCCAGUCCAUAUCUGGAGCCCCCGAGGAGGAGUGUUGAGUUGGAAGACCCGGGGGCUCAAGACUCAGUUUCUUCUGUAGUCGCCAACAGUGAUGAUGAACAUUUUUCAGACGCCAGCGAAGGCCAUGAGCGCUCUCGUGCCCGCCCACAGUCCGGUCGCGCAUCCCCUAUCCCGUUGACUCGAGUUGAGAGAGUGGACGAUCGACCCGCACACGGUGAAAUUCCCGGUACAUCUGCAUAUGAAAAAAGGGAACAAGACGCUGUGCCUGAUGAAAUUGAAAUCAUCCCGAAGGCGUCACGUAGCAGGAGCUCGUCCACUGCGGGGUCGCAAAAGCGCCCAUUGACUCCGGGAGGGUCGCCCAUCCCUCGGACAAUUGUUGAAAAGGUUGAUCCGAAUCAACCAAGCCAUGGGGACGUUCCUGGAACGCUUGCAUAUGAGAAGCGUAGAGCGGACGCAGUCCCAGACCUUGUCAUCAAAGCGCCAGAAUCGGAUAUCGACUCACCGUCGCCUCGCGCCGAAUCAAACGAGCCUGGAGCUGUCACCGGCACGCAGGUUCCUGCAACAGUGGUCUCACAAGUGGAUUCAACGGCAAUUGAAGGCGCGACUUCCAGCCUACACGCUCAUCGGAGACGCCCAAGUGAUGCCUCUCCAGAUGUGAUAGAGAAGAUUUCAGAUGCACCAGAUUUGCCCAUUCUAUUAUCAUCAAGUAGCUCCGCACAUCAAGAUCGCACCUCGCGAAGAGGCUCGUUAACAAGUGAGAGCGUCAAUCAUGAUUCAGGUGAUGUUGAGGAGGACUUUGACUAUGAGGACAACGCCGAAUCCGAAACCCCUCAGGAUCAAGCAGCUGCGGACGACUUUGAUGACUUUGCAGAAGAGCAAGAGUUGGCAGAUGAUGACUUUGGUGACUUUGACGAUGGCUUUCAAGAGCCGGAUGGAGACGCUGCUGAGCCCGAACCGAUUGAAGCCCAGCAGCCUCUCCCACUUCCUUUAGCUCCUCCUUUAAUAGAUUUCGAUACCUUCGAGUCUCUCCCCGAUUUACACGCCGCCUUGGAUCAAUCCCUUGACAAACUCUAUCCCACUUCCAAAAAUGUUUCAUCGCUUCCCCCCCUAGAGCCAAUCCAAGAUGCCUCCUCCAUCUUCAGUACUGAGCGAUCCUUGUCACUUUGGUCUCAGCUCGUCGCGCCACCGCCAUUGCAGCCGCAAAACUGGGUCAAGUCUCGAAUCCGCCGUCUUUUCCUGGUCUCUUUGGGCGUUCCAGUUGACCUGGAUGAGAUACUACCGGCUUCAAAGCAAAAGAAGCUCGUGCUUCCAUCUAUAAAUCUGAGCGGCUCAGAUACUACUGGAUCUGCCGUUCACUCACGCUCUCAGAGUCAGGCCAGGAAAAGCGGCUCGCAAGAUGGCAUUGGCAGCCCCACAACGUCUGGUCCAGCGGCUCGGCAUCGAACAUCUCGUCGCCGUGACCGAUCUCCGCCGCCUGAGCUGGAUCUGUCGGCGGUGCGGCGACUGUGUGCCACCACCGAUGCAGCAUUGGAUGGGCUGACCGACACGGAGUUGAGAGGGCAUGUCAACGAACUGGAGCAAGUCACGCUUCGGGCCAGUUCUGUCCUGGAAUACUGGCUGAAGCGCCGAGAUGGACUAGUCAGUGAGAGGGAGGCAUUUGAAGGCGUGAUAGAGAACCUUGUCAACCAUGCAAGGCGGCGGGCCAUCGAAGCACUUCACCAGGAUGGUGUUGAUUGUCGUGGAAAGCGCAAUUCCUCCUUCCUACUUGGACCAGCUCAACGCUCUCAUGCUCACACACUCUACAAGAAGAGAUCUACGCACCGGAACUUUGGGCCCGAAACAGACAACAUCCAGCAAGAAGUUCUCAUACAAAAGGCCAUUGCCCGUUUUCGCGAGCAGAUACCCAAUUCCGAGGAUUCCGAACGAAAGGCGCAGAAUCCCUUGUCGACGAUCAUCGCAAACCCCUUCGCCACCGCUAUCGUCGAGUGCAUGCUAGGCCCCAAGCCACAGAUUCGAUUCCUUAGUGCAAACACGGCCUUCAGGACCAAAGAGAUAGGUCGUCAGCCGCCGCAUAUCGACGUCGCGUUCGACUUUUCCCGCGAUCCGUUCGGUUUCUGCGUGAACGCAAAUCUGGUUGAAACUACAGCUACGAAUGGCGCAAUGGAGCUCUAG